CCUCAUCAUCUCCUGCUCUCUGCAUCCGUUCUCCCAGCAGCAUGGCCUUCAACGGCAAGUAUGAGAUCGAGAGUGAGAAGAAUUAUGAUGAGUUCAUGAAGCGCCUUGGGCUCCCCAGCACCGCGAUUGAAAAAGGCCGCAACUUCAAGAUCGUCACGGAAGUGCAGCAGGACGGGCAGAACUUCACCUGGUCCCAGCACUACCCUGGGGGUCACUCCAUGACCAACAAGUUCACCAUCGGAAAGGAGUGUGACAUGGAGACCAUGGGAGGCAAGAAGUUCAAGGCUACUGUGCAGAUGGAGGGUGAGAAGGUGGUGGUGGACUUCCCCAACUAUCACCAGACCUCAGAGAUUGUGGGUGGCAAGCUGGUGGAGAUUUCCACCAUCGGAGGUGUGACCUAUGAGCGUGUGAGCAAAAGGCUGGCUUGAGCACCAGG